AUGGGCGAACCGCGCUCCCCUCAAGUACCGCGCCACGGGUCUAAUAUAACUGGUUCUAACCCAGAUCUAUCCACAUUCGACUCGACGUCCGACCCACAAAAUAUAACGUUGCGUAAAAGGAAGAUUUCUGCCUUAGAUUGCGAAUUAACUCAAGAAAUCUCUCAAAUCAGAACUGAAAUGUCAACAUUUUUAAAAGACUUCAAAACAGCUAAUGAUGAAUUCAAAUGCACCGUGAGGUCGGAUCUCGUGGAGAUUAAAGACCAAGUGAAAACAAUUUCCUCAAAACUAACCUCAAUGAGUUCGGAGCAUGAGAAAUUCAAAUCUGAACUAACUGAACUGACUAAAUCUAUGGAAUUUCACUCGAAAUCCCAGGAUGAUUUAGUACUCAAAGUUGAAUCGUUGUCAACAAAGAUUACCAACAACGAUAUUGACAUGGAAUUAGCUGAUUGUAAAUCUCAUAUUGCUGGAUUAAAAAUGGAGCUCAAUAUCUCCCAACAAAGGGAACGAAUGAACAACCUGGAAAUCGGUGGAAUCCCAGAAAAAAAUAAUGAGGAUCUUCCUGCUUACCUACUCGCCAUUUGCAAUGUCCUGGGUGUAGCCAUCUCAAAGGACGACAUUAUCCACAUUCACCGCGUUCCCACAUACUUACCUAACGUCCCAAAAAACAUCAUCGCGAAAUUAAGGACACAAUUAUUAAAGGACACCAUCAUAUCAGCCAUCCGAAAAAAGAAGGGUAUCUCCACAACGGACAUCGGAAUAACAUCACUUGAAAAACCGAGGAAAAUCUUUGUAAAUGAACACCUAGCCCCAUUUUUCAAAAAACUUUACAAAAAGACCCGUGACAUUGUGUCAAAAUCUGACUUUCAGCAUGUGUGGGUGAGGAACGGGAAGAUUUUUGUUCGAAAAAACGACAAUGCGCCAUUGAUAAAUAUACAAGAUUACAAAGACCUAGAAAAAAUCAAAUGA